AUGCCUCCAAACGGAGCAAUCACCACGACUCCUCGUAGCCGAAUGCCUCCAACAACACCAAGUUCAGGGAAAUCGCGUCCGAAAAAAGAAACUCUUCAUUAUCUGGCAGCAAGUUCUUCAACAACCUCAGUUGACGCCGCUAGAACGCUUUUAGAACGUGGCGCUAAUGUUAAUGCUAUUGAUCGUGAUGGAGCCACUCCACUCCAUUAUGCGUGUACUCAUGAUAAUGUGGCAAUGGCUCAACUGCUUUUGACGUUCGGAGCCGAUCCGAUGAGUGCUGACAAACUGGGUAGAACAGCGUACAGUAUCGCGAAAGGAAAUACACUGAGAUUCCUCCGUCGUUACAAAAAGUCGAGUAACAGGCAGCGUCUCGGAUUUUUUCGACGGUUUUUCGCUUGUCACUCACGGAAUGAAACAUUCUUCAUAGUUCGGAAUAAUCAAGAAGUUGCACCAUUGCGUCCCACAGCUCUUGCUGAAGCUGCGUCAAUCUCGUUCAAUCGAGGAAAUGUUCUUACUAAUUCAUAUAGAUGUGCAAAGAAGAAAAUCAGAGCCACAUUUCAUGCUAUUCGAAGAAGUAGAUCCAACAGCACGGCAACACUUCAAGACGUUGUUUUAACAUCUGAAGGAAUUCGAACAGUGACCACACCUAGUAGGAGAGCACCUAAGGCAACCGUUUAUGCAAAAAGAUCGAUGUCAGUUUCGGAUCUUCUUUUAAUACCUGAUCGGAGAGAUAUCAAAAAUGAAGAUGUAAAAACGAGAGGGUCACCAGUAAAGAAAACGAGAGGUACUGGAAGAUCGAGGACUCCUGAAGCAAUUCUGAAUCCAAGGAAACAGCGAACGCCUGUCAAUCACCAUAAAAGAUCAAAAAGUCAGGAAACGAAGCUGGUAGCUAUGCCCUCGCCAAAUUCCAUGGCAUACUAUAAUACGUCAAGAGCUAGAAAUGCAGGUCUACGGCCUGCUCCAUCUGCUCCUCCACUGUCUCCUGAGCCUGCAAUUGCUGCUGUAAAAACGCCGAAAACUCCAACAACUCCAAAAACUUCUAAAGGCCGUAGCAAAAGUCCUGCUAACACAACAGCUUAUUUCACAGCCGACGAGUCACUUGAACUACUCGGAAAUAACAUGGAGAAACUCAACAUAGAAUCAAAAUCGGCAAAGUCUUCUAAAUUGAAAACACCAUCCAAGCCAACCACAUCAUCAUCCACAUCAUUUUCAUCUGCGGAAGACGACAAAGAAGCAGAAGUAUCAACACCGACCACAGUCGAUGAUGGAGAAAUCAGAAAAAUUCGACGUCUUCGAGAAGGAGAACUGAAGAGCGAGCUGAAAAAGUUCGGAAUCUCUCCAGCAGGACCUCUGGAUGCUCGUACAAGAAGACUAUAUGAGAAGAAACUCCUGAUUGAAAGACGGAAAAUUACGAACCGUGGAUAUUCACCGGAUGCUGACGUUGUUUCAUGUAGAAACUCGCCUCAACUUGAACUCGUCCUUCGCAACGGAUUUUUGCCAGCUGAUUUUGCGUCGAGAGCUCGAAAAUGUGAUGAAAACGUUCGGAGUGAAUUUAGUGGAAAUGGAUUCGGAUAUAAUGCGUUUUGCUAUCUCAUUAUGGAUCCUCGAAUUUUGGGAAGCAAUGUGGAGAACCUUACACUUGAAACCUUUGUACGAUCAAUCUUUUACGUAGGAAAAGGUUCAAAAAAUCGUCCAUUAGCUCAUUUCAUUGAUGCUCGCAAUGAACGGAGAGACAAAUUGGAUAAACUAAAAACUUGCGAAAAGUUGAAAACAAUUGAUGAGUUAUGGACGCUUGGAUUUGGUAUUCCCCGACAUGAAAUAUCCCACGGAGUAUCUGACGAAGAAGCGUUUGUGCGAGAAGCAAGUAUUAUCGAAGCCGUGAAACUUAAAAAUCUGAGGAAUAAAAAAGCCGGCGAAUUUCACGGAACCACCAAAAGCUGGGACAAUAUCACUAAAUCAGAAUAUGGAACAUUUUUGCUGGAUAGAGCAUUAUCAACUUUGAAGCUGGAAGGUAUUCGACUUAUCACCGAAGAUAACCUUCCUGACAGUCUUUAUCCAUAUGUGAACAAUCGACGUGGAGCAGGUGGUGGACGGACACCAAAAACACCGAAAUAAUAUAAAUACUUCAUUUAUUCCAUAUGUUUAUAUUUCAAAUUUUACCUCAUAAUGUGAGCUUAAAACUAGUUUUUUUUUCAUCUUAGUUCCCUAGGCCUGUAAGAUCUUUCACUUCAUCUUGAUCUCGUUUCAUAUUUUCUUAUUAUAUCGUUUCCUCCAUUUGAAAAACUUAUUCAUAAAACUUUUAUUAU